AGAUCGAAGCGCCGUGGCAACGCAACGCUAAACUCGAGAUCGAAGGUGGAGCGUCCGUGGAGUGCAAUGCAUUUUCAUUAUUAAUUUUGUGCGGCGUUCGCUGUUUUCGCGUGUCAGUAUGCCCUAAUGCAUGCCACAGUUUUGUUUAACUGACCAUAACAUGAAGAGAGUCGUGUUAUUCCGAAACGGUACGACAGUUGACGGCAAGGUCUUUCUUGUAGGAAACUCUCUAGUAGAUUUACUUAAGGAAGCAAGUACAAAGUUCCGUAUCACUGCUAAAAGGGUAUUCACGGCGACGGGAGGAGAAGUCGAUGAUGUGCAACUUAUAAGGGACGAAGAUGUUCUGUAUGUUUCAACGGGGGAGGACUUUAUAGCUAGUGUUAGGCGAACCUAUGGACGACUCAGUGGUCCGCCUUCAGUACCAGGCAAUACAGAAUGGGUUCUGCUCAAUGUUGGUGGUCGACAGUUUGCGACUACUAGAAGCACGCUCGUUUCCAAAGAGCCGCAUUCCAUGCUGGCACGCAUGUUUGCGGAUACGAUGUGGCCGAGCGCGAUGGACUCCGACGGCGCCUACUUGAUUGACCGAUGUCCGGCUUACUUUGAGCCCAUCUUAAAUUACCUUCGCCACGGGCAGCUUAUUUUGGACAAGAACAUCUCUCCGCAAGGUGUUCUGGAAGAGGCCAAGUUUUUUGGCAUCGAGUCCCUCGUACCCACGCUGGAACAGAUGGUUUUGAAGGAUGCUGGGCCGGGCGACCACACGCCGCUGACAAGGCGGGACGUGGUGCAGAUCCUGACUUCGUCGUCUCACCUCGCCGAGCUCCGCUUUCAGAGUGUGAACUUGUCUGGAGCCGACUUGUCACGACUAGACCUGAGGCACAUCAAUUUCAAAUACUCCAACCUGCAGAAGGCGAGGCUUACUUGGGCAAAUUUGAGCUACUGCUGUCUAGAGCGUGCCGAUCUGUCAGGAGCUAAUCUCGAGGGAGCUAUUUUGAUUGGUGCAAAGGUGAUGUGUGCAAACAUGGAAGGUGCCAUCUUGAGGUCCUGCAAUAUGGAAGAUCCUGCCGGAAACAGUGCCAACUUAGAAGGUGUGAUUCUUCGAAACGCCAACCUAGAGAACAGCCAAAUGGCCGGUGUAAACCUGCGUGUAGCCACGCUAAAGAACGCCAACAUGCAAAACUGCCACCUGCGCCAAGCCGUGCUUGCCGGAGCUGACCUUGAGAACUGCAACCUCUCAGGCAGCGACCUCCACGAAGCCAACCUCCGCGGCGCAAACCUCAAGGAUGCAACCAUGGAGCUCAUGUUGACACCCUUACACAUGGCACAGGCCAUUCGCUGAACAUCGCUAUAACAGUUUAUCACUACAAGAGGGCAUAAGCAAUAAUGGAUGGCUGAGAGGGGCUGACCAUGGUUGGGAGACCAUAAUCCUGUCUUACCCACUUUUCCUUUCCUGACUUUCUAUGUUGAAUGCUACCAGAAUAACUUAGAUACGGAUACUUUAUUUGUCUAUUUAUUUCGAAACCUCGUAACACGAGGCAAAAACCGUUAUGUCCUUCACUGCAGACGGCAAGAACAAGGCCGUGAAAACCGAAAUCGUGAAUAACGAUAAGAUCUUGGCGGUAUAGUUCUCUCUAACAGAUGGAACAGAGGAGAACAUGUCAUAGGAUUGCUCCAUGCUUUAAGGGGAAGCCUCUUCUCAUGCAGGGAAGAGCACCUUGUUGUUCUUGUGCUUGCACUAGCUGACACAGUGGAAGAUUUUGGUGAUCUCCUCUCUUUUUUCGAGAAUCAAAGCUCGAAUAAGCCUCGGUAAUAUACUUGACUCUUCUUGAAUUGGCGAAAAGGCGAAGGAAGUCUUUUUAAGUAUAGAGAGCGUAUUUACCUGCGUUGAAGGCGUUGCAUAUGUCAUGCUGAUCGUAGCCUGCAUAUGUAGUCUGUCAAUCGAGAAAUUAGCAACACAACCACAUGUAUACUAGCUGUCAGUUGUGCUACGCAACAUAUCUGUCAGGAAACUGAUACAAAUUCCUGACGUUUAUGCGUGACGAUAUAACUUAAAUUAUCUAGAUAGUGGAUGUUGGUGAACCAGCAAUACCUUCCCACAUACAUUGUAUAACAUAUAGCACACGUGUAGCCAUACCCUAUUCAAGUGUUCACUGAGAGCGUACGAGGAGUUUUGCUGAUUAUUUCUGGUAGUCACGUAGUUUCCAUAUCAGUGCAUAUCCCUGUUUGGUUCUGUCACAAAAUCAAAGUAUAACUGUGGCCCUAUUCAAUGCGUCAUUCUGGACCGAAGAACCAGACAGCAAAAGCUUGAAAGAACUGAUGUUCUGAGGCUGGAACUACAUAUAGGGGACAAACACAUACAAAGCCUCAAUUUGCCUAAGACUUAGUGACUUAAGACUUUAGUGACUUCCAUCUUUCAACAGCAAAAGCUUCUUGAGAUGCUUAAAAACACUGUGCAAAAUAUUCUAAAAAAGGAAAAACAGCCAAUUUCAAUCUAAUUGUAUAGCCAGCAGGUUUGUUGUGAUGUCAUUGAUGCAAUCAGAUUCCAACCUCUGGGAAGCUCCGAUGCAAGAUCGGACUAGCAGAUUACUUUUCGACGGGUCUCAUCUUGACCACCCCCAUGUGAUGUGUAAUCGAACAACCAGUUGAUGACGUGUCACUGUCCCUCUGUUAUUUCGUAUAACAUUUAGGAAAUACUAUCCAGGAAUAGUUUUGCUUCAUGUGCAAUGUGCAUCUGUAUAUUACUCCUUAGUACGGCAUGUGAACCUGACAGGGGCGGAUCCAGACCCUCGGUUUGGGGGUGGGGAGAGAGGGAAAUCCAACGUAUAAACUAAGAUUGAAGGGGGGUGGGGGCGAUCCCCCCUCCAGAUCUGCCACUGGUAACUGGGACUGCAAAAUGCUGCUAUGCUUUCUCCUUUCCGCUUCCUGACGUGUGUGUGGAUAGAAACUGUACACACCUUGCCUCUUCUAGCACUGUUUAUGUGAUUUUGAUCUUGGAUCAUGAAAUUAUUUACGUACCUGCGAGGAAAGCUGCGGCACAGUAUAUUUUUCCUGACACACUUUGCAUAAACUGUGAUAUGCAAAAAGCACAACUAUGCUUGUACCAGUAGCAAAGCUUUGUUAGCGGUCCGGAUAUGGUAACAUUCCACGUUGGACGUGUACUUCUCCUCUGUGCUGCCCUUGUGUUCUCGUCACAUAUCGUAGCAGGACCUCCUAUGGACAUGUAGUAGAAUCAUUGUUCGCCUGGCAGAAUGCUGCGCGCGUUAUCACAAAUAUAUUCUCUUGACCUUCUCACUAUCUAGAACAUGAAUGCGCAGAAUUCCCACUACCAAAGAAGCAAAAAAGAACUUCAAAAAGCCGAGUUGUUCUGAUCUUUAACAUACGCUGUUUGCCAUGAGCAAGGCUUGUUCAGCUUUGGGGGAAGUUGUGCUCACGUCACAACCCUUGGAAUUUUCGUGUGUUCUGGUUCAAAACGUGUGUCGAAUGGUGCUAAUGAAUCUGUGAAUAAAAUUGAUGGUUCCUCUA